CUGACUUAAUUUCAUGCCCAUCAAAUAUCCCUCCCUCCCUCGCCGACGUCGUCGUCUUCCUCUCGAUCGGACGCCGGCGAUCGAGCGGACUCCGCUGCUCACGGCACCCCCAACACCUUCUCUACUUUCAUAUUCCCUGCCCAACAAAGAACAAUAUUUGAUUUGUUUCUCUGAGAUCCUUUUCAACAGUACAUAAAUAUAACUCAUAUAUUAUGUCAACCAUUUUAGCACCGUUCCAGCUCCUGGAACUCAAUCUCAUAUCGGCACAAGACCUCGCAAAUGUAUCGCGUUCCAUGCGGACGUACGCUGUGGCGUGGGUCCAUCAGGACCGGAAACUUUCGACCCGGGUGGACUCUCAGGGAGAUAACAACCCCACCUGGAACGACAAGUUCGUCUUCCGCGUCGACGACGCGUUCCUCCACUCCGACACCUCCGCAGUCAUGAUUGAGAUUUACGCCCUCCACUGGUUCCGAGAUGUCCACGUGGGCACCGUCCGUGUCCUCGUUGGUAAUCUCAUCCCGAACCUUCACCAGUCGAACAACCAAAACAACAACCAGGCCGUGAAGGUCGGAAUGAGAUUCGUGGCUCUGCAGGUCCGGAGGCCAUCGGGUCGGCCACAGGGGAUUCUGAAUAUCGGCGUGGGGAUUCUCAACAGUUCCAUGCGGAGCAUGCCGUUGUACUCUCAGCUCAACUCCUCGGCCGUGGGAUAUCGCCAUCUGAUGGGCGAGGAGGACUCCCAUCUUCAAGGCAACGGUUCUCUUCAUACGGCUGUUUCGAAGCCUUCGAUAAGGCGCACCAAGAGUGACACCAGCUCCAUGAUCGCAUCAGAUCUCCGGACGUCAGAAUUUCGGGCGGUCCAACAGAAAUCCAAUCUAAAUUCGAGCUCUAUGGUCAACGGCUCUGAAGUGGGUCCAAAGAAAAAGAAAAUAUGGUCCAAAGCAAGUUCGUUGAUCAGCGGCUCGGAAGUCGGAAGGCGUAGGAAGAACAAGAACAAAAUAGAGUACAGCUCCAUCAUUAGUGGCUCCGAAGUUUAUGGCAUGGAAGCUCCAAACAUGGGUAAACUCGCAAAACCUUACGGGAGAUCAAGUUCGGUAAUCAGCGGCUCGGAAGUUGGAUGGGAUCCAACACCGAAGAAAGGCCGGGAAAAGGCUAGUAAUGGCAGACCGAGUUCUGUGCACAGCUCGUCGGAAGUAGCUGCAGAGGUGUAUCCGACGCCGAAACGGGUGGUAUUAAACGCAAACCCCGUUAAAGAAAUCGACAACUCGUCUGAGUCGGAGGUGGAGAAACCAAAGGUGAGGCUGAGCACUCUUGAGAAAUCGGGUUUCGACUUGGAUUUCGGGGCCCCGAGAAAAGCCACAACUCCCAUGCACCCACGUAUGACUCCCAGUCACGCACGUGCGACUCCAAAGCAUCCACGUGCGACCCCGGUCCACCCCCGCGCUAGUGCUACCGCUACGCCCAUGCGGGCGAAAUCCUUCCACAAGUUCAACGGGCUAUUGGAGUACGCAACGCCGCGAAGGUCGACGGCGAUGGAAUACGCCACCACCCCACGCAGGUCGACGAGGGCGUUCUUGACGGAGUCUGAACUGGGUCCUUCUCCGUCGGAGGUUGCGGCGGAGAUGGCGAAGGUGCAACGACUGGACGAGGAAGGGAGCUCGAUCAUUGGCGGGGCGCCCAGUAUGGAUGAGAGCGUGGAGGGGCUACAGUCAAAGCUGGAGAGGUGGCGGACGGAGCUCCCGCCGGUGUUCGACCGGGGUAAUGAGUUCUCGAGUAUAAGGUCCAGUGAGAAUCGACAUUCGCGGCGUAACACCGACAGCGGCAAUGGAUUGUUCUCGUGCUUCAGCAACAUAUGCGGGUGUCAAUGUCAGAUCGUUUGCGGUGGAGAUCAUCAACAGACGGGUGGGUCGACUGUCGGGUCGAGGAAGAAAGGUAGUGCUAGCGAGCGCAUCCGCCGGAAUUCCUCGGCCGACAAUGUAUGCUUUAUCUGAACGGACGAGUCUCGAUCAGUUAACGAACAAAGAGAUUUGCUUUUGCAUGCAUGCUGAUCAUGGGAGCACGCAAAAUCAACGUAGGACUAGAUUGAGGGUCUUGGAUUUUGAUUCAUGCAUGACGUACUCACGUACGUAGCUAGAAAAAAUAUGCAUGGAAUGGAAUUGGGAAGUUUAUGAGCAUGCAUGGGCGGCGCAGGAUAGGGUAUUGAAAGUUAGUAUCAACCUUAUUCAAGAAGAUGCACAUUAAAAAAAAUCCAAGCUGAUAAUCCACCUCAGCAGCUCUAGAAGUUUCUACAUUUUCUUUCCUUUUCUGAUUGAUUUUGUUGUAACAACCUUCUGCAGUUUAUCUUUAAUUUUCUGCACUACGCACUCACUGCCCUCAUGUCUAUAUAAGAGGUGCAAGGCUCCCUGUAAUAUGCACUGUGAGA